UGUUCUCGCUAGAGAAGUUCUUUGUCGUCCGUUUUUCUGCCACGUCAUCGAUCCGGGAAAAUCAUGUUUCGACGGCUGAGAUCAUGGUUGCAGAGCCACUGCUAGAACUCAGAGAAACUCCUCUAUUCCCUCUUCUCUAUCUUCCCCCUGUUUUUUGUAAUUUCGAUUUUUAUUUUCCUUUUUCUUUUUUUCAUUUUUAUAGAAAUUUCUGUGAAAAGUAGAAAAAAUAGCUUGUCUGAAGAUGAAGAUCAUGGAGGAAGGAACUGAAUUUGAGAAAGAGAAGCUUAAGAUUUUGAAUGGCAAAAGCCAUGAUGUUUAUGCUGUUGAUGACGAGGAGGAGGAAGAGGACGGCGAGGAAUAUCAAGCGGUCGGACCGAAGAACGAUGGGUUAGAAGACGAGGAGGAAGACGGGGACGACGACGACGAUGAAGAGGAAGAUGAUGAAGAGGAAGAUGAGGACGAUGAUGGCGUUGAAGAGGUUCCACGCUCCGCCGGUGCUCCUAAAGUUCAGUCUGUAGAUGAUGACGAGGAUGAUGAUGAGGAUGACGACGACGAUGAGGAUGAAGAUGAUGAUGGCGAGGGCGAUGGGGACGAUGACGACGAUGAAGAAGGGGAAGAGGAAGAGGAGGAUAUGGGAACAGAGUACCUUGUCCGACCAGUAGGUCGAGCUGAAGACGAGGAAGAUGCUAGUGAUUUUGAACCAGUGGAAGAGAAUGGGGAGGAUGAUGAUUUUGAAGAUGAUGAUGAUGAUGAUGAUGAUGAUGGAAAGGGUGAGGUUUCAGCAAAGAGGAAGAGGUCGAGUAAAGAUGAUUCGGAUGAUGAUGACGAGAGGCCUUCCAAGCGAUAGGACAGGGCUCUACGGGUUGAAGACUGACAAUUCAGUCCUGCGUCAUGGUGUCUCCUUUUCAACUCUACAGAACCUGUUUGUAGAAGUAAACGACGUUUCAUGGAUUCUCUAUUUUCUCUCUCUUUUUCUUUUCUUCUUUUUUUUUUUCCCUUGUGCUGUCUGUCAUGGUUGAAAUGUUUGGGGGUUUUUUGGGUGAAAAUUCAAAAUUAGGCUAGGACUGGUUUGCCUAAGUUGAUACUAUGUACUGUAAGGCUGUAAGCAGUUGAACGAUUUAUGGUAUGUAGAUGUAAACGGUUUAGAGUACAUUACCGUCAAGUAGUUCAGUUUUUCUUGUCUAAUUCCUUCUUGAGGAUUUGGUCGAAAAUGAAAACAUGGUUCCUCA